AUGAUCGAUCCAUUUUUGGCGAUUUCGCCUUUCAAAAAUAGCGAAAACUUGCUGCUGAGACACUCUUUGGAGGCAGUGGCCUCUUUUCUGGUGUAUUUGCUAAUCGUGGAACGGCGUCUGGCUCCAGCGAUCAAUAAACGGGUCUUCAAAAAACAUUACACGCAGGGCAUCGAUAGUAACACGCGGCUAAAUUAUGAUAUCCACACGGUUUCCAUGGUUCAAUGCGUGAUCAGCUUGGCCCUCACGGCGCCCAUUCUGUUGCAACCGCUCAACACCAGCGUUGCCACGUUCCAGGACCCCUUCAAUUCCAUGGUCGCGGCCCUGACCUGCGGGUAUUUCAUGUGGGAUCUUUACGUGUGCUUGAAAUACUACUCGCUGUUUGGAGCCGGCUUCUUGGGCCACGCGGUGGCUUCGCUGUACGUUUUCGUGGUGUCGUUGCGUCCAUUUUGCCAGUCGUGGAUCGGGAAAUUUUUGAUUUUUGAAGCUUCCACGCCAUUUGUGAACAUCAACUGGUACGUCAGUCAGCUGGCAAGGUCUUCACCCGCUGGAACCGCGCCUGCAGUUCCGCUGUGGUUCAAUGCCCUUAAUGGAGCUUUGUUGAUCUUGACGUUUUUCCUCGUGCGUAUUGUAUGGGGGUUCUCCGCUGUGAUAAUACUGGUGCGUCAACUAUGGAAGGAGCGUGCUUUGUUGCCUGUAUGGCUUCCCAUCACGGUGAUGCCGUUGAACAUUGCGCUAAAUUGUUUGAAUUUGGUGUGGUUGAACAAGAUGGUCCGUAUUGCUAAAAAAAUGGCUGCACGGAGUCGCAAGAAGGUUUAA